AUGCCCACACGCACCGACGCCCGACUUGCAGCAGCAGUCGUGUCUUACCCUCUCCAGCCCGCCGCAGAGUCCGUUGCGGAGUCGAGAGAGGGGCCGCGUCUGAUGGGAUACGGUAUCGUGUGCUGACUGCCUCGGCACUGCUGCCGAUCCACUGGAGCUCGAGCGACCGAUCCACGGAACCAGCACCAGCACCAGCACCAGCCAGCCAUUCGCAUCCAGCAAACACAUCGGUCCGUCUGCUUUGGCCAUGGGAGAGGCAGGUCGACCUCGAACAGCAAUCAAUGAGCCGCGCGCGACUUACCGCGGGAAGGAGGACCACGGACUGCGCCUUCCCCCACGAGCACGCCACGUUCAGAUCACAUCACAAUGGCAAUGGGAACUAACAUGUCUCUCCUUUGCAGCAAUCCACACAGCCUUCGCCCCGACGACCUGUCACCAAAAGUCUAGAAGCUGCGCGGGAACGCACCAAGGCUGUCGGGGACAAGGUCCGCUCCUCCCUCUCGAGCUUGACGCCACAUGAGAACAUCUACAAUCUGCCCAACUUCCUCACCGUCACACGCCUCUUUGCCGCUCCGGCCACUGCUUACCUCUUACUGCACGACCAUCACACAUGGGCCUUGGCACUCUUUGCUUAUGCCGGUAUCACGGAUCUGGUCGACGGCUGGCUGGCGCGGAAAUGGAAGUUGCAGACCGUCGCCGGCAGCGUCAUCGAUCCCAUGGCCGAUAAAGCGUUGAUGAUCAUUCUCACCGUAACCCUUGCAGUCAAAGGAGCCAUACCAUGUAAGGAAACUGCGAAUCUUGCGACUUUGUCACAAGGUUGUGCCUGCCGUGAAAGCUUCUUGGCUGACUAACUGUACCCUCCAAUAGUAUACCUGGCGACCUUGAUUCUUGGCAGAGAUGCAUCCUUGGCAGUCGCCGCCAUCUACUAUCGCUAUGCAUCCCUUCCCACACCCAAAACGUUCCUUCGCUACUGGGACUUCUCCCUGCCUUCUGCCGAGGUACACCCCACCACCCUCUCCAAGUACAAUACAUUCCUGCAGCUGGUGUUGAUCGGAUCCUCCCUCGCGCUACCCGUGCUUGCGGCUGGCGGACAGCAGGCGCAGAUUCUAGAUGCUUUUGGAGUCACUGCCGACCAUCUUCAUGCGGCUAUGGGGUACUACCAGUACCUCGUUGCAGGUACUACGGCCUGGAGCGGCCUCAGCUAUGCAUACCUGAAGAACGUGGUCACCAUUCUGGGCCCGGACGAGACGUUGAAAGCGAAACAGGGAGCCCGGGGUCGUGUCAUCAUCGGUGUGACUUUUGGAAGCUGCGUGCUUGCUGCUGCAUGGCUUGCAUUCAACGUGGACAACCCGAAGGACGUCGAGAGGCUGGAGUGA